AUGCGCUACCCCAAGGUGGUGGUGGAGGCGCAGGACGUGGCCAGCGGCCGGCGCUACGCCAUGGCCGUGCGGGUCUUCUCGGACCGCGGCCUGGCGGCCUUCAAGAACGAGCAGCAGUUUCUGCUGGAGGCGCAGCACGCGGCGGCGCUCGAGGAGUCCAUCGCUCGCCAGGCCUGCGGCACCACGCCCGCGGCGCUCGCGGGCAGCCACAAGGGGCUCGCCGUGCCGCUCUUUGCUGCUGCGGUGGCCGACUCCCCCGACAGCGUCUUCCUCGACGAGUUCUACGUGUUCGGCCGCGUGCAGCUGUUCGAGCGGCUCGCCGACGGCGCCAGCCUCGCGGCCGUGGUCCGGCAGCAGCUGCCGCUGCAUGCGAAGGAGUACAUCGCCCAGCGCCUGCUGCAGCUCGUGCUCAAGCUGCAGCAGGCGGGACUCAGCCACAACGGGCUCACUUGGGAGAGCCUCAAGCUCCGCCCCGACGGCUCCUUCCUCCUCGGCGACUUGUCCUUCUGCACGCGCCUCGCCAGCCCCCUCGGGCCCUUCGCCAAGCUCCCCGGCCGCCGCACCGAGCCCCAGCUGCUCCUCCAGAACUACCGCUACGGCGAAGAGGCCGUUCCCCAGGCCAACAGCGACUUCUGGUCCCUCGGCGUGCUCCUCUACGAGCUCUUCACCGACGGCGGCGCCCCCUACUUGCCCGUGGGGAACGGAGACGAAAUGGAAGAGGCCCGCCACUUCGCCGAAACCCUCUUGACGAACAAAGUCCGGCCCCUCGUCCUGGUCCCCAGGCUCAAGGAAGCCGACGUCCCCGUCCGCUGGCGCCAGCUCAUCUUGCGGUGUUUGGAGCCAAUGAGAAGCAACAGAAUAUCUGCGAUGCCGCUCCUCACCGAGUUCCCCGAUCUCGUCAAACGCCGGCCCUGA